AUGACUGGUCGCGGAAAGGGUGGAAAAGGAUUGGGAAAGGGAGGAGCGAAGCGUCAUAGGAAGGUUCUGCGUGAUAACAUCCAGGGUAUUACAAAACCAGCCAUUCGCCGUCUUGCUCGUCGUGGUGGUGUCAAGCGUAUUUCUGGAUUGAUUUACGAAGAGACUCGUGGUGUUCUGAAGGUUUUCCUUGAGAACGUUAUUCGUGAUGCUGUCACCUACACGGAGCACGCUAAGAGGAAAACCGUUACUGCUAUGGACGUCGUCUAUGCUCUGAAGCGUCAAGGCAGAACUCUGUACGGAUUUGGAGGUUAAGUUGUGCAGACGGUUGGGAGAAAAUACACAAACGGCCCUUUUCAGGGCCACCAAGUAUUUUUAACAAAGGAUCUCAUUGUUUCAACUAUACAUUGUACUUUCUAA